UUUACUAGCUGUCUUUGUCAGACAUUUACUGAAUUAAGUAAUUAAUCAUUGUUGUACGGGGCCCGUGGUCAUUGAAUUUAAUAGAUUGUUGAGCUCCUAGAGUCUCAUUAGAACAUUAUGCUAGUGGGUGCUUUGAGAGUUUGGUUAGCUGUGGUAGGAUCUACCGCGCUGUUUUCUGCUGUGCAGUCGUAUGUGAGCGGCGCAGCAAUAAUAGAGAAGAUUUACACCAACGCCAUUUCUACGUCUGACGGGGGUGCUUUACUGACGGCGAGAGUGUUUGGGUCGUGGACCAGCUUAGCUGCAACUGUUCGUCUACUUGCAGCUGCAGACAUCAAGAAUAGAUCGAUUUACGUCGCCGCUGUGGUGUCGUUUGUUGUCGCAUUUGUUCACUUCAUCUUGGAAACUGUAGUCUAUGGGACGGCUGCUGCAACAGCAGGGCUUGUGAUUCCUGUUGUAGUUUCAGGGAUUUCCAUUCUGUGGAUGGCCAUCAUGUUUCCAAUUAUUUUUGCUCAAGAUGAACAAAAGAAAAGCUCCUGAUGUACAAUGACAAUAACUAUUGUACCACUAGUUAGAGGCAGUCAUUACCUAUACUGUACUGUUCUAUGUGUAAAUGUUACUGGAAUUCUAUUUAUUGGCCGGUAAUUAAGCUACAGAAUGUCUCUCAAUUCUCAUGAUGA